CUGGAUUCUGCAAGGCAAGAAUUAUCAGUGAUGCAGAUGAAGCUGAUGGAACAGACAUAAGCUGUGAAAUCUACCAUCCCUGGCACCAUGGCUGUGGGCGAAGAGGAAAAUUUUCAGCACUGGGACACCCACACAGACAUCCCCAUUGUCAUCAUCACCAUUUUGGUCACAGACAUCGCCAUAAGCAUCACCACAGACAUGAAUGUGCCUCCUCUUCUCAGUCCAGACCUGAAGACCCUGAGCAUAACCCCAAAUCCAACAAGGAAGAUCAAGAUGGCAAUGAAGAACCUUCUUCUCCCCCUCCUCCUCAUGAUGAACCAGACCAUGACCAUCCCACUCCACCUCCUCAGGGAACAGAUCACGACCACCCUCCUCACCACCAUGGACCACCCUGUCCUCCUCACCACCAUCAUGGACCACCCUGUCCUCCUCACCACCAUCAUGGACCAGAUCAUGACCACCCUCCUCACCACCAUGGACCACCCUGUCCUCCUCACCACCAUCAUGGACCAGAUCAUGAUCACCCUCCUCACCACCAUGGACCACCCUGUCCUCCUCCCCACCAUCAUGGACCAGAUGAUGACCACCCUGGUCACCACCAUGGACCCCCCUGUCCUCCUCCCCACCAUCAUGGACCAGAUGAUGACCACCCUCCCCACCACCAUGGACCACCCUGUCCUCCUCCCCACCAUCAUGGACCAGAUGAUGACCACCCUGGUCACCACCAUGGACCACCCUGUCCUCCUCCCCACCAUCAUGGACCAGAUCAUGGCCACCCUCCUCACCACCAUGGACCACCCUGUCCUCCUCCCCACCAUCAUGGACCAGAUGAUGACCACCCUCCCCACCACCAUGGACCACCCUGUCCUCCUCCCCACCAUCAUGGACCAGAUCAUGACCACCCUCCUCACCACCAUGGACCACCCUGUCCCCCUCCUCAUGGCCCAGGUCACCACCAUCCUCCUCACCAUCAUGGACCACGCUGUCCCCCUCCUCCAGGACACCCUCCUCAUCACUUUCAUCACUAUCACAGACAUCAUCCCAACAAGACAAGCAUACCAGGGAAGUAUUUUCCAUGCCAGGUAACAGGAGCUCUCUAUCGCAUCCCAGUUCUAAAUCAGCAGGAUUCUCUCACACCUCCCACUGCAAACUUUCCUGUAUCCCAAUGCAACUUUCACUUUUCCAGCACUGGCUCAAAACUAAAGGAAACAGCAGAAGUUCCAGGCUUUCCAGAUCACCCUACACAAUCAAAAUCAUGCCCUGGAAAACCCAAGUUUGACCUUCCAAAAAUUUUGCCUUUAUUUCCUCAUAACUCUGUAACAAAAAAUUCUCCUGCAUGACCUCAGAGAGAGAUGUUCCUGGCUCGAUCAUUUCAGGGCAAUCACAGUCCUAUAGUCAAUGAAAACAGCACAUGGAGAAGUGGGAAAAGCAUUCAGUUUCUAGGAAGGAGAAUCACUGAAAAUAAUCAUUAUGUAUUUCAACCUGCUUCUUCAUCCUGGCUAUCUCAAGCUCCACUGUAACUGAAAGGCUCAAAAUUUUGAGUCCCUCAGAUAAUGGGAAUGGGUAAAAACCUCCCCAGAAAACAAUGCUCCUUCAGUUCUAACAAAAAGGAAAAUUCCCUAAUAGUGCAAAUUACCAUCUAAAAUCUUUCAUUUUUUCAUCAUUCAUAAUUAUAAUGUACUUCUCCAAAGAA